GCUUUUAUUCGCUCCUUUUUCUCUCCUUCUCUCUCUUCCUAUCUCUCUCUCUCCCUCUGUUAUUUGUGUGGAGAAGAGAGAACGCUACUUUUCUUCCACUCCGAUUUUAAUUUUUUUUAAUAAAAAUAAUAAUUUCAUUUCGGUUCAUUAUUUUUAUCCCUCUCCCGAGCUGCUGCCGCAUUUUUGAUCGGGGGUUGGGAAGGGCAACAGCGGGCCUUUGGUCUCUCGGAAUCAAUGGGAAUUCUGGAGGGACGGCGGUGCUGCUGCUGAUGGAAGAAGCACCACCGCACUCUCAUCCUCCUCCUCCUCCUCCGCAUCAUCAUCAUCGUCUCCUUCUUCUUCUUCUUCUUCUUCCACAUGAUGGAUUUUGAAGCCGCCGCCGGAAUUUCUGCUUCCAUGGCCUCCGUCACCGAAGGUCCUUCCUCUCUGUCUCCGCCCCUCGCCCAAGAAACACUGUGGCAACUGAGUUUGAGAUCAAUGGAGACAAUGGAGUCUGGGACAUAUCCAGUACGUGAUGGUGAACCAGAUUGUUCUUACUACAUCAGAACUGGUCUUUGUAGAUUUGGAGCAUCUUGUCGAUUUAACCAUCCAUCUAACAGGAAACUGGCAAUUGCUGCGGCAAGGAUGAAAGGUGAGUAUCCAGAACGAGUAGGGCAGCCAGAAUGCCAGUACUACUUGAAGACGGGAGCUUGCAAGUUUGGGGCCACCUGCAAGUUUCACCAUCCUAGAGAUAAGGCUGGGAUUGCUGGAAGAGUUGCUCUAAAUGUCUUGGGCUAUCCACUUCGCCCGAAUGACAUUGAAUGCCCCUAUUAUAUGAGAACUGGACAAUGCAAGUUUGGGAGCACUUGUAAAUUUCACCAUCCUCAACCAUCUAAUAUGAUGGUCCCUCUACGUGGUUCUCCUGCUUAUCCUCCCGUCCAUUCUCCAACUACUCCUGGUCAGCUAUCAUAUCCCUUGUCAAGAGCUUCUUUUAUUACCAAUCCACGUUGGCAAGGUCCUUCAAGUUACACACCCCUGAUUGUUCCUCAAGGGGUAGUAUCAGUUCCAGGAUUUGCAUACAGUGGACAACUUGGUUCAGUUUCAUCCCCUGAGAGCCAACAGCUGACAGUAGGAAAUAGUCAGGCUUAUGGAUUGUCUCGUUCCAGUGAGGUGGCAAACGUGGGAUCUCAAGGGAUGAAUCCUUCUUAUCGUGCUGGUACAUUACCUAUGGGGUAUUAUGCAUUGCAGAGAGAGAACGUCUUCCCUGAACGACCAGGUCAGCCAGAAUGCCAAUUCUACAUGAAGACUGGGGAUUGCAAGUUUGGUGCUGUUUGUAAAUUCCAUCAUCCGAGGGAAAGAUUGAUUCCUCCUCCUGAUUCUUUGUUGAGUCCAAUUGGACUUCCUCUACGCCCAGGAGAACCAUUAUGUGCUUUUUAUUCCCGGUAUGGGAUAUGCAAGUUUGGUCCAAGUUGCAAGUUUGAUCACCCAAUGGGAGUUUUCACCUACAAUAUCUCACCAUCAUCUACAACUAACGCUCCUACUGUUCGGCAUUUCUUGGGUUCUUCAUCAGGAACUGGUACUUUGACUUUGUCUUCAGAAGGUGCUUGUUGAGGCAAGUUCCACGGAGCCCAGGUGACUGUCAUUCUCAAAAGUGAGACAGAUGCCAUCUGGUGGUAAUAACAUUGACACAGAAGGAUGAUCUUCCUCUUGGUUACAGCCAGUAUCAGUGUCUUCGAACUCCUUUAGAAUUAAUAACAGUUGCCUGUAAAUUCAUUUCCAUUGUUGGAGAUGUACAUAAUUCUAUUAAAGCCAUUCUGUGCUGAUAAUGCAUUCACUUGACAAUGUUGAUGUAGAGCUUCACUUUGGUGCCCUGAAUAAAUCUCCACAUAUGUUAUUGCACUUUUUGAAGUUAACCAUGAAA